AUGACGGGCCGGGGAGAACGCACCGGAUUUGGGUGGUUUCUCUACACCACAAGUCCGCAACUCUGGGCAGGAAUUGGCGUGGGAUUAGCGGUAUCCCUCUCUGUAGUCGGCGCUGCCAUGGGCAUCUAUACCACGGGCGCCAGCAUUAUGGGUGGCGGCGUCCGCUCGCCACGCAUCAAGACCAAGAAUCUGAUAUCAAUUAUUUUCUGUGAGGCAGUCGCAAUCUACGGAUUGAUCAGUUCCAUUGUAUUCUCGGGAAAAGUGCAGACGUAUGUGAUGCAUCAGGCUAUCAACAAUCAUGAGCAGAUGAACAAAAACAUGUUCUCAGGUUUUGCCACAUUUGGAGCCGGCCUAACUGUGGGACUUGUUAAUCUUAGCUGUGGCAUUUGUGUGGGCAUCGUAGGAUCGGGAGCAGCACUCUCGGAUGCAGCCAAUGCGGCGCUGUUUGUCAAGAUACUUAUUGUAGAGAUCUUUGGCUCGGCCAUUGGACUCUUUGGUUUGAUUGUGGGUAUUUACAUGAUGGCCGAUGCGGAAAUGGAGUAA